AUGUCACCGAAGGAAACCACCGUCAUCCAAAAUCAUUGUCGAUGCCACCACCGUCUUCGUCGUUGGCGCCACCGCCUUCAGCGCCACCUUCAUCCCCCAUCGUCUCUGUCACCAGCAACCUCCAACAAAUCUGAAAGUCGCCAUCACCUACUACAAAUCCUAAUCAAUUCCCACCACCGGAGACCCUUUUGUCACUUUCUUGGUUCGUCUUCUCCACCGGAAACCAUAUACAUAACCCCGAUUUUUGACAAAAACCAUCACCAACUUCUGAAACCCUAG